CGUGACGACUCCGUCACACUCAGGGUUUUGAUGGACUGAUGUGCAUCCUUGGAUGUGCAUAUGAAGUGUUAUCAGCUGCUAAAAUUAAGACAUAGCAGGUGUACACAGAUGGAAGAUUACCAGGUCAUAGAUGGAUCAGUCAUGGAAGGGGGUGGCCAGGUGCUGAGAAUGGCGAUCUCUCUCAGCUGCCUGCUGAGGAAGCCAAUCAGGAUAACCAGCAUUAGAGGGGGGCGAGCUCAGCCGGGACUAAAGGCACAACAUUUGGCUGGUCUGCGCCUGGUGGCGGAGAUGUGCGACGGCGUGCUGACCGGGGACGCCAUCGGCUCGUCGGAGGUCUCCUUCCGACCGGGGCAGAUCCGGGCCGGAGACUUCACGGCCGAGACGGGCACCGCCGGGAGCGUCGGCCUGCUGCUGCAGGUCAGCCUGCCGUGCGCCAUGUUCGCUCCCGGGCCGUGUCGGCUGACGCUGCGCGGCGGCACGAACGCCGCCUUCGCGCCGCAGAUCGACUACACGCUGAGUGUGUUCCGGCCGCUGCUGCAGCGGUUCGGCGGCGACCUGCAUUGCGACCUCAAACGCCGAGGCUACUUCCCUCGCGGCGGCGGUCAGGUGGACAUCUCGGUGACGCCGGUGACGCAGCUGCGGCCCGUGGACAUGCUGGAGUCCGGCAAGCUCGUCCGUGUCACCGGCAUAGCGUUCGCUGCCGGCAAACCGCCUCGGAGAAAUGACUGUCACAAGGCGGAGACGGCCGUGGCGGAGCUGGUCAGCAGCGUCAACGCCGCCGCCUGCGUGGACCAGUAUUGCCAGGACCAGUGCGUGAUUCUGAUGGCGCUUGCGGCCGGCCGGUCCCGCGUGCGCACCGUUCCGCCCACCCUGCACACAGAGACGGCCAUUCACAUAGCGGAGACGCUGACGGAGGCAAAGUUUACAAUCGAGAAGCUCGGGUCGGGAGACGCCUGUACGAUAGAAUGUAUCGGCACAGGGCAUCAACGAGCCUAAAAGACUCCGACAGCCAGUGGACUGCACCGACAUCGAAGCGGACACUGGAAGAAACACUGCAGCGUGGAAAAACCAGGCUCCUUUGUGGUGCUGCCCACACGCUCCACUGACACUUUGUUUUAUCCGGCCAAGCGGUUCCCAGUCGCGUUAGGAACUAAGUGGGACGGUUAAGUUAAGCAUUGCGGCAAAGAAGUGCCAAGAACGAAAUCGUGGCAGCUUUUGCUGAAUGAUGACCCGUGUUGUACUUAAAUAUCGCUGUUAUUGCAAGGAUUGUGUUUUUGGCUGCCUGCAAUUUAACUUUGCAUGCUCUGGCUCUUCGUCGUGGUCGAUGUUGCUCCUUGUUCCUAACGCGCUCAUGGACACGCGGAUUACCGACCUCCCGAUAAUUUAUGAUGAAAUGGUCGCGCGGCGGUCAUAAACCCCUGUGAUGUGCUGACUGCACCAGAGGGUGCCGGCGAACAGUCUCGUUGCCUUAAACUGUGGCCGUUGCGGCAGUGGCGUUCGAGUUCCGCACACCACCCUAUAUUUAUUUCCCGGCUGGUGUAUUGCACUCUUCCGCGCAUCGUGCGAAAUAUCCGUGGGGGUUUGUGGUUUGAAUGCUUUUUCAGAAAGUCAAAGCGAAAUGUGUGUUUGUAUGGUUGAACUCUGUUUCUGUCAUUGUCGCUGAGUUUUGGUCAAUAUAUGACUGUGAUAAUCGUUUG